UGGCGUCUAUCCACGAGAGUUUCAAAAAACAGGUGGCGAAGCCGUGCUCUUCGAUCGAAUAACGAACAAACGAAUACCUCGCUUUAAUCGUAAACGUCCAUUGCACAACGACUUUCAUGGAUGUUGUUCAAAUUUACAAGAAUGUCGUACAAUUUUAAAUUGGAUUCCAAUUUGUAUCCAUCGAAAGACUGACUAAGCGGAUGUACUGAACACGAUUUACGCUAAUGAUACUAAUGUGAUAUGUUAUUUAUAUUAUAUGUAAAUAAUAACUGAAGCCACAUCUCUUUAGUUAUUAAAAAAAAAAAAAAACAAUGUUCCUUGGGGUGAAUGCGUUUGUUUGAACAGAGUGCAAGCGAUAUGUGAGAGCGAAGAAAGAAUGUCUGUGAUGCUUGAGCGAACGAAUGGUUAGUUUCGUAAGCUAGUCCUGUAACAGAAGUCAUAGAGACCAGCCAUGCGAACGUCUCCUUUUUAAUAAAAGUUAAUAUCUUAGUACCUGAGUCUCUGUUAUUCACCUGUCAGCCACUACAAUAUUUAAUAAUAAAGAUGUCAGAUAUUGGUGUUCAAGUGUUUUUUUUUUUUUUUUUAUCCAUUUCCUGGGCGAUUUCAGUUAAUAUUUUUAAAUCGUUGGUUAACAAGGCGUGUGGGAAGAGAGUUAUGGAUGGUAAACGCACGCGGAAAGUUGUUAUUUCAGUAGAGGAAUACAUUAGGAAGGUAGACGGUAUUCGCGAUAUCGUAAAUUCGUUGGAAGAGAGCGUGACUAUUUCUCGACAUUUGGAGGCUGAACGAUGGCUGAGGUAUUCCGUUUUGAAAGCAAAGAAUAAAGUAGUGUCAGAUGAUCUCGAGAAAGCGAAUAAACGCAAUAAAAGCAUGUUGAAUUUAUUUCGACAAAGCGUUACAGACGUUCGUCUUGGCAGUGAAAUUACAUUGCCAGAGUCUUUGAAAAGAGAAGUGCAGAGAACUUGGCACGAAAAGUACGACGCUUUGUUAGCGCAAAACGAGCAGUUAAAGAAUGACAUCGCGCGCGCGAAUCUUCUUCUCGAAGACAAAAGGAACGAAAUCGACGAUCUUCAGCAGAAAUUAUUAAGUCUCGGAGACAAGCUUAUCGAGCGCAAUGAAGCCGUGGAAAAUAUUUGCAAAAAGUAUUUGAGUCUGAAAAAGCGAAAAGACGAACAGGAGAUGUUGCUACGCGGUUCCAUCGAAACGCUACAGGAUUCAUUGAAAAAAACAAAUAGCGUGGCUAAAAAAGGAAUGUCUGGAAUGUCUUUGAUUCCAAGCAAAGAUACGUUGCUGGCUCGAGAAACUCGACGCAGCGAUCGACUAGCCUACGAGAACUCUCUUCUGAGAGUUUUGUUGCAGGAAGCGAGACAUGGGUGCAAUGCCAGCGAAAGCAGCACCCUUUCCUUCGAAAGGACUAGUGAUAGGAAGGACUAG